AUUCCUGGAAAAGAGUUCCUGGGCCCUACCACUCAGUUUGGAUACACACCACGAUAUAAGGCCAAUGGUUUCCAGUUUUUUUUACUUUCCCUGGCUGUCUUCCUUGCACUCCUGUUGUAUAGACCUGUUACGGCUGUUGAGCUCGCAGAAAACAUGCCGCAGAUUUUAGCAUCGUGUAAUCUUCUUGCGAUGCUAUUGUGUGUGUAUUUGCUGGUGAUGGGAAAGGUCUCUCCACAAACGAAAGAAGUUUUGGAGUCCCGACCAGUCCUUUAUGAAUUCUACCGUGGGAUGGAAGUACACCCUCGUUUGUUUGGGGUCGAUGUUAAACAACUGACUAAUUGUCGCUUUGGUCUCCUGGCGUGGGAGCUUCUCGUUGUGGCCUUCUUCGUGGCAGGUUGGACCAAACAUGGCUUUAGCUUGGCGCACCUGUCCUGUGCUGCCCUUCAGACGAUCUACCUAGGGAAGUUUUACUGGUGGGAAACUGGGUACUUUGACACACUUGAUAUCACUCUAGACCGGGCAGGUUACUACAUCUGUUGGGGUUGUUUAGUUUUUGUACCAGCAUUCUACACCUAUUCCUCUUACUACCUGGUGGCACAUCCACCCCUUCUCUCAGACAGUGUCGCUAUCCUGAUCUUACUUCUAGGAAUAGUUUCUAUUGCCCUUAAUUACCGUGUUGACUGGGAGAAAGAACACUUUCGUGCUCACAAGGGCAAGUGUUACCUUUGGGGUUACGAAGCUACAUUCAUCAAUGCAACUUAUGAGAGUUCAUCAGGUAUUCGACACUCAAAACUCCUUACAUCAGGAUUCUGGGGUAUUGCGAGGCACCUGAACUAUGCCUUUGAGAUCUUAGCAGCCUUUUCAUGGUGUUUACCAGGUUUCGGUUAUGGAAUAUGGCCCUUCCUGUAUGCUUUGUUCCUAACUGUUCUGCUGGUGCAUCGUGUUUUCAGGGACGAAGAAAAGUGUAGGGUAAAGUAUGGCGCUGCAUGGGAUAAGUACUGCAAGGCUGUGCCACACAGAAUGAUACCAGGAGUAUUCUAAAGCCAUGUUUUUUGUAGAAUAAAAAAUGAGGUUUGCAAGUAUGUACAAAUAAGUGUCUCUUACCUCAUAUCUAAGGCACAAGGUGCAUAUUCAGUCAUACAGUAAAUUACAUCACACCUAGAGUAUAAUAAGGGGCAACGUCAGGUACUCAGUCUUUGAAAUGUCAUGGUAUUUCAUUUAUGAUGUUCUCAAAAUUGUGAUUUUAAGCUACGUCAGUGGGAAAAUAAAAGAGGAACGGAGAUA